AUUUUGGAUCUUUGUUUGACUUGGAAAAUGAUCUUCCUGAUGAGCUGAUCCCCAAUGGCGAGUUGGGCCUUUUAAACAGCAGUGGGAACCUUGUUCCAGAUGCAGCUUCCAAACACAAACAACUUUCUGAACUUCUGAGGGGAGGCAGCGGCUCUUCCUUAAACCCAGGAAUUGGAAAUGUGAACUCAAACAGCCCUGUCCAGCAGGGAGUUGGUAGUCAAGUUCAAGGGCAGCCGAACAGUGCUAAUCUUGGUAAUCUGGGUGCUAUGGGUAAGAGCCCUUUAAACCAGGGAGACUCUUCUGCUUCAGGCCUGGCAAAGCAAGCAGCCAGCACCUCUGGACCUACCACACCUGCAUCACAAACUCUGAACUCUCAAGCACAAAAACAAGUGGGGAUGGUGACAAGCAGCCCUGCAACAUCACAGACUGGACCUGGGAUAUGUAUGAAUACUAAUUUCAGUCAGACACACCAGAGCCUUCUCAACAGUAAUUCUGGUCACAGUUUAAUGAAUCAGCCUCAGCAAGGACAAGGGCAGGUAAUGAAUGGAUCCCUAGGGGCAGCUGGAAGAGGAAGGGGAGCAGGAAUGCAAUAUUCUGCCCCUGCCAUGCAGGGGAAUGCAGGCAGUGUGCUGGCAGAGACUUUAACCCAAGUAUCUCCACAGAUGGCUGGUCACACCGGACUGAACACAGCACAGACAGGAGCAAUGACUAAAAUGGGAAUGGCAGGUAACACUAGUCCCUUUGGGCAGCCUUUCAGUCAAACUGGAGGGCAGCAGAUGGGAGCCACAGGAGUGAAUCCUCAGUUACCAAACAAGCCAGGCAUGGCGAAUAGUUUGUCUCCCUUUCCUGCCGACAUCAAGAGUACUCCCGUCACCAGUGUGCCAAAUAUG